AUGGCGGCCCUGUCGAUCCCGCCGUCUGCCUCCACUGGUUCCCCGCACUCUUGGCCUCUUUCGGAGCCGGACAACCCUAACAAGAACCCUAGGGCCCAGGAAUCCCCGUUCCUCCCCGUCCCGCUCCCAGAUGAUGUCCCUCAGGAGCAGACGACCUCCUUGUCGCCGCCAGGGCCUGUCUGGGACGAGCGCGACGGUGACGGUGUAGAAGGCGGGCAGUUGCAGCAGGGUCCUUUCCAGAAUCCGGAUGCCGACGGCGGGAAUCCGAUCGUGCAGGAGCAGCAGCAGCCGCCGGCCCCUUCGUCGCUUGCGGCUUCGCCGCCGGCUCCCCCCUCGCUUCUACAUCUUUCGUUCAACCAGGACCAUGGGUGCUUUGCCGGGGGCACAGAUCAGGGAUUCCGCAUCUACAACUGCGACCCAUUUCGGGAGAUCUUCAGGAGGGAUUUUGAUGGGGGUGGGAUCGGUGUGGUGGAGAUGUUGUUCCGGUGCAAUAUUCUCGCGCUGGUUGGUGGCGGGCUGCGCCCUAAUUAUCCACCCAAUAAGGUGAUGAUCUGGGACGACCACCAAAGCCGCUGCAUCGGGGAACUAUCUUUCCGCUCGGAUGUCCGAGCGGUCCGCUUACGGCGCGACCGCAUCAUUGUUGUCCUCGACCAUAAGAUUUUUGUGUACAAUUUUGCGGAUCUCAAACUUGUGCAUCAGAUCGAGACGGUACCGAAUCCUAAAGGGCUGUGCGCAGUAUCCCAGCAGCAGGGAUCGCUUGUCCUGGUUUGUCCCGGGGGUCAGAAGGGCCAAGUCAGAGUAGAACACUACGGUGCGAGGCGGACUAAGUUCAUCAUGGCUCAUGAUUCAAGGAUUGCCUGCUUUGCAUUGUCUCAGGAUGGGCGGUUCAUUGCCACUGCCAGCUCCAAGGGCACACUUGUUCGGAUAUUCAGCACGGUUGAUGGGUCCCUCCUUCAAGAGGUUUGUUUUGAAUUUGGUUCUUUGUCCAGAGACAACACUAUUUCAUGUUUGUUUUAAUUGUUUAAUUUCCAAAGCUGUCUUUUAUGUUUUUGUGAAUCGAGGCAUAUCUUCUUCAUGCCGUCCAGUGACUCGUAUCCCUGCUUCUUGUUUUACUUUAUCUGGGACGUGAUAUAUUUCAUAUUUAUUUGACAGGCACAUAAUCUGUUGUGUGAACAUGCUUAGAUACGAUGGAGAAGUAAUGUAAUGCUGCGCAGGUUUUUACGCGAGAGUAUCAUUAAUUUUGCACAGUUUUCGGAGAGGAUAUGGAGGUGCCUUUCUGGCCAGCCCAAAGUAUAGUUGAAGUCCCUGUAUAGGCAAGCUGCCUUUUUUCAGCAUCCAUUCUCCUUUCCCCAGUCCCUUCCACUCUCCUUGUCACUGCUGCAGAUAGUGGUCUCAUCAUUUUCAAGGUCACCUGCUGCCCACCCCAUGUGAUGCCUGUGAGUCUCUGAAGUUCUUGUGUAAGGCCUCUGGUUGUUGCCACUUUCAGCCUUGUUCUAUACCUGUUUCAUGUCGUUGUUUGAGAGCCUUUGACUGCAGCCUCCUCUUCACAGCGAUCAGUAUCCUCUUCUCUACAGCGCGCCCAAUCCCUUUCCUGAUCUUCCCCCACCCCCCGAAAAUAAAAAGGAACCCUUCUGCCAAAAGGAAGGAAAGAUACGUAUUCUUCUCCACAAUGAUAUUCCUACCUCCUUUUUAUUUUCUCCAGAUCUUCCUCUCCUCACAUUCUUCCUCAUCAUUAGAUGUCACACUGUAAGAUUCAUCAGGUUGUUGUACUCUGUAUCCUAAUAGUCUUUUUAUCCCUAGCAGUUCUGGCUAGCCUUUGAAAGCAAUUUUUUUUCUUACAUCCUGAAAUUAUAUGAUUAAUAUUAUUGUGCAUAUUACGCAGUUUUCUCAAGUCAAAUUGGUUUUUGUACUUGUUUCAUAUUCCUCUCUGAAAUUCUGUCGUACAGAAAAAACUUCACCUUUGGUCGUGUCUCAGUCUUGUUUCAAAUAUCUAGUAAUUUAUGUAAAAGGUGGCAGUUUCACUUCUGAAUCUCUUCAACUUUGUCAUCUUUACCCAAAUGGUUGGAGAGUAGGCUUCUUGUAUGUGCCUUGCUAGAUGUUAUUAGUGGGGCAUGUUUGAACAGCAGUGGGUAUACUAGAUGAGCUCUGUUCUGGUGUACGUUGGACGCAUGCUUCUGAUAUCCUCAACUUCAUUCUUUUUCAUGGAUUCGAUUCUUAGUCAACUGCUUUUUUUGUUAGGAUUUUGAGAAGACUUCGAUCUGAUGUAUUUGUGGGUUUAGAAUGGUCUUUAGUUUUGGCAUGCCAUCUGUUGCUGUAGACAUGCUAUCUGAUCAUGAAAGUCCUAUCUAAAUUUCGUGCCAUUUUAAUGAUGCAUUUCUCCUUGCAAUCAAAUAUGAAUCAUGAUGAAUAAACCUAUUUUUGUUCUUUGUUUAUACAUAUGCAUUGGCCUCUUUGACACUUCGGUGCAUGUUAUCUCUGUUCUUCAUUUUUCAUCACUAAAAGUAAUAGUAUUUUUCAUUUAAUUGAACCGUUAAUGUCUUUUUAAAAUAAACGAAUACCUUCAAAAUGUGAAUGAGCACUUGCCAUCUCUUUUGUCGUUUAACUUUUGGACAAUUUCUUUAUUUUUUUCCUCGUGAUUUAUGCUGUUGCAAAAAUUCUUUACAUAAUAAUGGUAUAGUUUAGAUGAUUCACAAUUGGUUUGCAUUUGAUUGUCAUAUAUCAUUGAUAAACUGCCUGUUUUAGUUAUACUUGUCCAUGAUAUUUAAAAUGCUGACGCAGCCUUGUUUUAUGCAUAGUUGUACGAGAAACCUCUUCUUGAAAUGUGCGCCAUUAUUGCUAUGUUUCUUGUUCUCGGGCAUAUUGAUGUUUUUUGUAUUUUAACAGAUAGUUUCAUGCUGAUUUUUGUUGUAGGUAAGAAGAGGUGCUGACAGGGCAGAGAUAUACAGCCUUGCUUUCUCAGCAAACAAUCAAUGGUUGGCAGUUUCAAGUGACAAAGGAACCAUACAUGUUUUCAAUCUCAAGAUCGAUCAAGGAUCUGUGGCAUCAGACAAAAUUCCUGCUUCUCCUGAUCCCAAUGCGGCUACUCCCACCGUUACAUCUUCCCUCUCUUUCAUAAAGGGUAACCUUCUAAAUUUUCAAAGAUUACAGUGGUCGUCAAAAUUACUUGUCUCCAUCAAUUCCUUGAAAUUGAAUAAUAUGCAAGUUAAUGCACAUUUAGCGUCUAUUCUUUUUUGCUUUGUAUUCACCUGCACAUUUUCCUAUCGUUGUGUAGUCUCUGUAUUUGUAUUCUUUUCAUAUAUAUUUUGGCAAGACAUUCGUUCUGAAAGCCACUGAACUUCAUGGGUCAAAUGCAAGCGAAUUUUAACUGUUUGAUUCACAAAAAACGUGGGCUAUUUUCUUCAUAUCACUUAAUUGAUUAUCAGAAUCAACAUAAUAUCUUACAUAUGCAUUGACUUCUCUCGUGCAAAAACACAUUUACCAUACAUAUUUAAAAGUGUUUUGUUCCCAAAUGAGUGUCGUGCGAUUGCUCCCUGGAGGGUUCUUUGGAGAAGAGAAAACACUUAGCUAAUUGAAUUGAAGCUAAUAGACAAUAAUCAUUCUGAACGGUAGCAAAAAUCCUCCUUAUCUGGAAGAAACAGGAGGAGCAAAACAUUUCGAUUCUGUGGUUCCGUUGUGAACCAAGAAAAAUCAUUCUAGCAUGGCAUUACUGAUGUCGAUCCCCUUGUGCAGGAGUUCUGCCGAAGUAUUUCAAUUCAGAAUGGUCAGUUGCCCAGUUCCGUCUACACGAGGGAUCUCAAUACGUGGUUGCUUUUGGCCACCAAAAGAACACCCUUGUGAUCCUUGGCAUGGAUGGCAGGUGAGUGAACAAUCUUUACGUCUAGACUCUGCCGUUGACUCUCAAUUUUUGUGCAUUUGAAUCGACGGUUGUCACUGCAUCUUAUGCCAUCCCCGAUUCACCAAACACUGACAAAAACAAAUCAAAGAGAAUGAAUUUUCAUCUAAGAGGAUCACAAUUGUAGAACUGCUCAUCUGACCAUCCAAUUUAGGAGUAAUUUGUCGUGGAUUUCUACAUUGGGCUUGUCUGCGUUGACCUUGACUGCAAGCUGUGGGCGUCAGGCAGCUCUGUGACUUGCUCAAUCACUUUAAAUUCUCGCAUGAGGUAACUGGUUCAUAACUGGAGUUGCAGCUUCUACCGGUGUGAAUUCGAUCCUGCCACGGGCGGGGAGAUGGUGCAGCUGGAAUGCCACAACUUCCUGAAGACAGAGGAAACCUUCUAG